AAAUAGAAAAACUCAAAAAAAGAAAAAAAAAGUUGUUUUGGUCGUGUAUGCAUAAGGUCAAAACCCUAGAAUAAACCCCUUAGGCGGUUUCCCUCUGAAAAACCAAACGCCCUGUGUUCGCUCCGCUUCUGCAGUUAUCAGGUGCGCUCAGUUCGUUCGGCUUCAAUAAUGGGUCGCAAACUCAAAGACCUCUCCAAUCUCAGCGAACCAGAAGCUCAGGAAACCCAAAACGUUCGCGAAACCAAAGCUGAGAGGAAGAAGAAGAAGCAGAAAAACAAAGACCAAGAAGAACAAGGCCAACUAACCCAACUCAGUCCCAAGAGAAAGUUGGAAGAAAUUGCCCCUCAAGAAGAUAACUCAGAUUCUAAUAAGAAGAAGAACAAGAAGCAUAAGAAAUCCAAAGAUAAGGAGCAAGAAACCGAAAACAUUGUGAAGGAGCCACAGAGAAAUGGGGAUGCCAACGAAGGUGAAUCUAGAGAACAGGUUGUUGUGGUUACUGGGAAAGAUGCGAAUGAAGCCAAAUACAAGUCAUUGAAUUCCUUUGUGGAAGCGAAGCUUCCGAGUGAGGUUUUGCGGUGCUGUGAGAAUUUCAAGAGUCCUUCUCCGAUUCAAUCCCGGGCAUGGCCAUUCUUAUUGGACGGCCGCGAUUUUAUUGGGAUUGCGAAAACGGGGUCAGGUAAGACUUUGGCAUUUGGGGUACCUGCUAUUAUGCACGUUUUAAAUAAGAGGAAGGGCAAGUUUUCGAAGGGCCGAACUCCUCUUUGCCUUGCACUUGCACCCACAAGGGAGUUAGCUCAACAAAUUUCGGAUGUUCUGUUUGAGGCUGGGAAACCUUGUGGUGUGAUAUCAGUUUGUUUGUAUGGUGGAGCAUCUAAAGGACCUCAAAUAUCUGCUCUGAAGUCUGGUGUUGACAUCGUUAUUGGAACUCCUGGUCGUCUCAAGGAUCUCAUUGAAAUGGCUGUGUGUUCCCUGAAGGAAGUAUCUUUUACGGUCCUUGAUGAAGCAGAUCGAAUGCUUGACAUGGGAUUUGAACCAGAAGUUCGCUUUAUAUUGGGCCAGACAUGCUUGGAACGCCAGAUGGUAAUGUUCAGUGCUACAUGGCCUCCUUCAGUUCAUCAAUUAGCUCAGGAGUUCAUGGAUCCCAAUCCUGUUAAGGUAGUUGUUGGUUCAGAGGAUUUAGCUGCCAAUCAUGAUGUCAUGCAGAUAGUUGAGGUCUUGGAUGACCGUUCACGUGAUGGACGCUUGGUUACUUUGCUAGAAAAAUACCACAAAUCCCAAGAGAACCGAGUUUUGGUUUUUGUCUUGUACAAAAUGGAAGCUACUCGUGUUGAAAAUAUGCUGACAAAAGGGGGUUGGAAGGUUGUUUCUAUACAUGGUGAUAAGGCACAAACCGAGCGUACUAAGGCACUAUCUCUAUUCAAGAAAGGAAGCUGUCCCUUGAUGAUAGCUACUGAUGUGGCUGCUCGAGGAUUGGAUAUUCCAGAUGUCGAAGUAGUGAUUAACUAUAGUUUUCCCCUAACUACUGAGGAUUAUGUCCACCGAAUUGGACGGACUGGACGGGCUGGUAAGAAGGGUGUUGCUCAUACUUUCUUCACACAUCACAACAAGGCACUUGCUGGGGAGCUGGUCAAUGUUCUCAGAGAAGCCAAGCAAAAUGUGCCAGAAGACUUAUUGAAAUUUGGCACUCAUGUUAAGAAAAAGGAGUCCAAACUAUAUGGGGCUCACUUCAGAGAAAUUCCUGUGGAUGCUCCAAAGUCCAAAAAAAUCACAUUUGACAACUCUGAUGACGAAAAUUAAUUCGCUUUCAGAUAUGAAACCUUUUUUUCACUCCUGUGGUAAGACAUAAAGUUGGUCGUGGGAUCCUGGCUGCAGGGUUAAUGUGCAUUGAUCUCGCUGGGGACAAGCUUUUUAUUUCUUUUAUAUUGUUCUUGCUACAUUCUACGUAAUAUAUGAAUAAAUUUUGUUCCUUUUACCAUUUCUUUUCUUCGUUUUUUGAUUUUAUUCCCUAAAAUUGUAAUUCAUGGAUGCUCAAUGAGUAUUUAUUUUUACAAAUUUGUGUAAUACCUUGAAACUUGAAGAUUGAAAGCUUCACUUGGAA